AUGAACCCUUGCGACCAUCCGCAUGGUGGUGGAGAACAGAAGGCCGGAAUCGGCCAUCCCUCACCGCUUAGGCGACAUGAUAACGGUAGGAAACAGGAUAAUCCGACUAAUGAUGAGAAUAGUAAUGAAAGCGAGAACCAAGACAUUGACCCUAAUCAAGAUUUUAUCAAAAAAGGGUAUUCUGAUAAAGAUAUUCAGGAGUUAACAGCCGAAAAGAGGAGAGGAGUAGUAAAUACUUUGGCGGUUGCUGGCAAAGAAGGUUCUUGCGAAAGCCAUGAGGACGAACAAUUUUGUUCAAAAGAAUGUGUUGAUAAACGUUAUCCAAAAACCUAUGAAGAAGGAAAAAUAGUAGCCAUUGGUGGAAUUGGUAGGAAGGUUAGUGCUGCGGUCGAGAAAGAUUGUGAUACCAUUGUUAUUCCCAAAAGUAAUUCCUCUGAUUAUCAAAAUGAAGUCCCUUUAUCCGUCAGAGCAAAAGUGAAAAAACUACACGAAUUGCUUGAAAAAGUCAAAAAAGCCAAUGAGGAAGGAAAAAUAAAGGCUUUUAAAACUUGGGCUAGAGGUUCAGUAAUUAGUCCAGAAAUGAUAGGUCAUACUUUACUUAUUCAUAAUGGCAAAAUGUUUUUUAAACGGCAAGUUACCUCCGAUAUGGUAGGUCAUAAGGCAGGAGAAUUUUCUCCUACUCGUAAGUCUGGGCAGCACGGAAAAGCCGGAACUCACUAA